CACACCCCGGUCCUGUAGAUGGCAGUAAUGCACAGAUUAGGCCUUACAGAAGAGGAAGAAGCAAAAGGAAAAAUAAAACAAAGUUGGAGAAGGAACGACACACCCGCCACGUUCAAGUGCUGCUGUCCAUCCAACACCAUGGGAAAGAAAAGCCGAGCAAAGAUUCAGAAGUCUGGAUCAGGAGCUAGUGCCUUGCCUUCUCCCAAAGAGAUGAUGAACCUAAUUGCCGAACUGUUGCAAAAGUGCAGCAGUGAAGCCCCGUCUGCCAAUGAAGAGUGGGAGGAAUAUGUUCAAAUUAAAAGCUUGGUGGAGAAGAUCCGCAAAAAACAGAAGGGUGUGUCAGUUAUAUUUGAUGGUUGCCGACACAGCCAUUUCCAAGACCUGGUGUCCUGGGCAAAAGCGAAUGGGUCUUCCUGUGAUGGUCUCCAAAUUGCCAACUUUGGAAAAGAAGGCUAUGGCCUUCAAGCCACAAGAGAUAUAAAGGCAGAAGAACUGUUCUUGUGCAUUCCUCGGAAGAUACUGAUGACAUUGGAAUCAGCACAUAACUCCAUCCUGGGACCUCUGCUACGCCAAGACCGAAUUUUGAAGGCAAUGGGCAAUGUGGCACUUGCCCUCCACCUGCUUUGUGAGCGGGCCAAUCCCACAUCAACAUGGCUGCCAUAUAUCCGCAGUCUUCCCCUGGAUUACAGUACCCCACUGUACUACCAGCCAGAAGAGGUGAAGCUCCUUUUGGGCACACAAGCUAUUCAGGAUGUCUUUCGCCAGUUAAAGAACACAGCACGCCAGUACGCCUACUUCUACAAACUUUUCCAGACUCAUCCUGCUGCCAGUGUCCUACCUUUGAAGGAGAGCUUCACAUUUGAUGACUAUAGGUGGGCUGUGUCUUCAGUCAUGACCCGUCAGAACGAGAUACCAACUGAAGACGGCAGCCAAAUCACACAGGCGCUUAUUCCUCUUUGGGACAUGUGCAACCACACAAAUGGACUGAUCACCACUGGCUACAACUUGGAGGAUGACCGUUGUGAAUGUGUGGCACUGCGAAAUUACAACGCGAAUGAGCAGAUUUACAUUUUUUAUGGCACAAGAUCCAAUGCCGACUUUUUCGUCCAUAAUGGCUUUUUCUAUCAAGACAACAUCCAUGAUCGGGUGAAGAUCAAGCUUGGCAUCAGCAAAAGUGAGAGACUCUUUGCCAUGAAAGCAGAGGUGCUGGCACGUGCUGGUCUCCCGGUGUCUUGUGUCUUUGCUCUGCACGCCAGUGGACCCCCAAUUUCAGCACAGCUCCUCGCUUUUUUAAGAGUCUUCUCCAUGACAGAGGAAGAACUGAAAGACUGCCUUGUGGGAGACUCUGUCAAUAAGAUCUUAAACCUGACUAAUCGUGAUAUCCCAGUGAGCUGGGAGAAUGAAAUCAAAUUGUGGACGUUCCUGGAGACCAGAGUCACUCUGCUACUCAAGAACUACAAGACGACAGCCGAGGAAGACAGUGUCAUGCUACUGCAACCCGAUCUAUCGCCUCAUGCUCGGGCGGCGAUCCAGCUCAGACUCGCUGAAAAGCAGAUCCUGCUGAAAUCGCUGGCCAGUGGACAAGCCAAACGUGUGCAUCUCGAAAUAAAAAUGGCAGAGGGCACGCCUUUGCCUCGCUGUGACAAUGGUGGCUUGGCGUCAUCUGAGAAUACUACUCGCAUACCUUCCGAUCAUGUUGCACAAGGACAAGUAGUUUGAGCUGGGCAGGUACUGAAUCUCUGAAUGGAGGGACUGUGUACAAGAUGGCAAGAUGGAGAUGGAGGCUAAUCGAUUCCCAGGGCAAGAAUAGAGAAUCUGCAAAGCAAUAAUGAUUUCACUUCACAGUCCAGAGAAGAGGAUAAAGAAGAUAUUUAAAAAAAUAAAUCAAUGGAAGAUGUGGAAGGUAAAUCUAACUUUUAUCGAAACCAUCAAAUAUGUCACAGCCAACAUCGAAUGGAUAAAUUCCACUUUGUUAACAUGGUUCAUGCUAUUUAUUUAGCUCAGAAUUGAUUUUGUGUCAGGUCAAUGGCUCCAAAAUAUUGACUCUCAGUCAAUAAAAAUACGUUUGACAUA